UUAGGAGACGAUCUAUCCGAAGAGGACGAGGCUGAAAACGAAGACGAGGCCUACGCUGAUUCUGGCGAAGGGAGCGCUUCAGAAGAAGAGGAGCUCGACGAUGAAGAGGUGGAAGACGAAGCCUUCGACCCUAGCAAUGACAAGGAAGACGUCAAGGAGGAAGAUGGAAGCGGAAGUGGUAGUGAAGAUGACUAUAAGGAAGAUAUUUAUGGUCGCACGGUUAAUAAGAAGACUGGAAAAGUAGUCACUUUUGACAUAAAAGGUGCUCAUAAGAAACUUGAGGAUCUUGAUGCCAAAGGAGGUGACAAUGAGUCAAAAAUGAAGAUCGAUAGGAUACUUAUGGGGACACUCAAUAGGCUAUCAGAGGGAACAUUGGUAAGGAGUUGUCAAGCGGUUUCUGAAGUGUGGCAGAACAAUUCAAAGAAUGCUGCUUAUUUUGUCGAAGUAUUCCUGCGUGGUUUCGUUGAAGAAAUUUCUCAUGCUCAAGUUCAGGACGAUAAGAAACUGGAAAAUAGUGCUGUAUUUAUCGCACAUUUGCUGAAUUUUCAUAUUGUAAAAGGGACCGUUAUAAUCGAAGUGUUCGAAAAAUUGCGAGAGCAAUUGAAUGUGGACACCUUACAAAUUAGUGGUUGUGCUGGCGACGUGCCCAGAGCUAAGUUUCUGGGUGAGACUUUGCUGGCUCUCCAGAAAAGUCCACCAACGAGCGUUGAUAUGUCAAUCAUCGAACACUAUUUGAAGCUAUUUCAUGGAAUGAGGAAAAGUGAGCUCGUUUUCUAG